GCUUCAUAUGUUACCUUUGAAAGAAAGGCCUGCAACACAUAUCUCCAGAAUUACUCUACCCAAUUUACAUCCCACUCCUAACUAGGUUUACUUUACUGGUUUCAGUGAGAUUCCCAUCCAAGUCAAUUUGUUUGGGAUUGUCUUUCUCAUUUCUAAAAAGAAAAUGGAGCUGCCAACUUUCCGCUCUGGUGUGGCUCCUAUGUUUUAACAGCUGUAUGACAAACAGAAAUUCUGAUGAAGUUUUUCCAGACAUUUUCUCCCACGCAAUAAAUGUUUCACCUGUUAAAUUUUUACAUGUUAGGUUACAGAGCUGAGAUUCUUUCUGUCCCAUUGAAUGACUAAACUCUUUGGAAUCUGCAAACCAUAUCUCCUGCAGUUGUGUCAAUAAUGCUGGAAGGGGGAAGGGACCUGUCCAGCACAGAACUCAGUUUUCAUCAUGUGACUCUACACUGGCACUCAGCACGCUUCCUGGAGAAAGUAAAAAAUUUGCCAGGUACUCAUCUGGAUCAGUUCCCUUGGAGAGAGACUCAGCACAAAGACACAUUUACCAAGUGGUCACUUUUGCAUUCCACCUGCUGGGGAUUGUCUGGAUCUCAGGUUUCCAGACUGCCAAGGCUGAUGACCUCUGAGACAGCCCAUCUGAUAAAAUGUCUACAGCAGAUUCAUAAGGUAAUUGGCAAGGCCAAUGAAAUCCUUGCAGGCAUAAGCCAUCCAUCUGUGUGCAGCGAGGUGCUGCUAUCCAAACCAGGGACUGCAUAUAUCUUGGGCUUGUCUGAGGUGUACCGGGUGUCUAAGCGUAUGGAAGGUGGGGUGAAGACUCGGCAGCUACCAAGCGAACUGCUGCAACACGCUUUGCGAGAGGUGGACUUAGCCUGGAAUAAUUUAUUGUCCUUUCUUGUCUUUGGUCAUCCCAUGUUCCAAACUCUGCUUCUGGAGCCAUCAGCAGAAAGUGAUACUCGUCUCUCUGGUCCUAACCUGGCACCAGGUCAUGUCUGCGGGGUUUGCUUAACGGAGGUGAAGCAGCAGUCAGAGGUGCAGAUUGGAAACUCUGACCCGGUUAUAUACCAGGGUAGCUGUUAUCAUGCCAGCUGUGCUAAUUUCUGGUUGAACUGUGUGGAUUCCACCUUGCCAAGAGAGAAAUGAUCCUUUGACCUUUCCCAUGCUACAGCAAUCAUCCUCCCCCCCUUUUUUUAAGAGCUAGACUGUGUGUGUAGAUUCUCUUAUGGUGUGGAGCUUAUGAGGAAGAAGAAUCACAGAAUCCUUGGUUGGUGGACAGAGGCUUUGUAAUGGCUGAGAAAGGUCCCUCUGGGGACUCAAAGACUUUGUGAACAGAGGAAACCCAUUUCACUUCUUUUUGUUUAGUAAGAUAAUCUUGCUUUUUUGUACAGGGAACUUUAAAAUGUACCUAAUAAAGCAUAUUUUUAAUCCAGAGAAA